UGUGAAGAACUCGAAAGGUGAAACAACCUGAAAUCCAUGCAGUAGUGAUUGAGGGGUAAGAAAAAUGGCGCAACCAAAUUCCAAAAUCGUAACACUUGAAGAAGAAUGAAUCAUAUCUUCUUCAGUUCUGUGGUCACUAGUUGUCGGCACUCAUCAAAAAACCAAAACACAUAUAAACCAACUGUUUCUGAUAAGUCUAAACCUAUAAUAUAAUUCCCCCAAAAAUCUCCACAAACAUGAAAACAGACCACCACAGAAGACUCUCAUCACCUUCCUUAAACCCCACCUUUAUCAAAGCAGCAAAACCUGCCGCGUAUUUUAUCCUACUUCUGCUAACCUACGCCCUAGGUUACCUAUCCCAUCAACCUUCUCCCACCACAUUAUCUUUAUCACCCUCACAAUCAUCGUUGUCAAAAUCGUCAUCAUCUUCGUUAUUACCGUCACCACCACCACCUAUGUUAUUGUCGCCACCAAUUAUACACUUUUCGAUUAACGCCACCCAGUUGAACCCCUUCCGAGUCACAACUCGCUGCGCCCAUCCAAUCCCGCCGGAGACAGUCCGCCGGACGCUCGUCGACCGCCUCUUCAACGGCACCUCGCCGUACGAUAACUUUCCGCCGCCCCACGCGGCGGCGAAGCUCCGGACGUCGCAGGUGAAGGGGUGGGGCUCCAACGGCGCCGUUUUCGAGAACGUCAUCCGGCGCGUGCGGCCGAAGAUCGUGGUGGAAGUGGGCACGUUCCUGGGCGCGUCGGCGAUUCACAUGGCCGGGUUGACUCAGCGACUCGGCCUGGAGACUCAGAUCCUCUGCGUGGACGACUUUCGCGGCUGGGCCGGGUUCAAGGAGCGGUUCGGUAAAAUCCCGAUGGAAAACGGUGACGUUUGGCUUUAUUACCAGUUCCUUCAGAACGUGGUUACUUUUAAGCACUCCGAAACGGUUUUACCCGUUCCGUUUUCUAGCGGGUCGACCCUGAUGUUGCUAUGCGAGUGGGGCGUGAUGGCGGAUUUGGUUGAGAUCGAUGCGGGCCACGAUUUUUUGUCCGCUUGGGCCGACAUAAACCGCGGUUUUCGGAUCCUCCGACCCGGUGGGGUUAUUUUCGGGCACGAUUAUUUCACUGCUGCGGAUAAUAGAGGGGUUCGGAGAGCCGUUGAUUUGUUCGCCAAAGUCAACCAUCUGAAGGUUACUGUUGAUGGUCAACAUUGGGUCAUUUAUACUUCCUAAUGUGCAUGUGGGAGUAGAUAUAGUUGAUAGUUGAAACUUGAAAGUUACAAUUCAUAUACUGUUUAGGUUAAGAAAAUAAUUUUUCAUUAAAUAAGUUUAUACUAUUCUUGGGAUGUACAAUGAAGGUUCAUUUUUCAUUGGUCAAUGGUUCAAUAUCAAGCUUUAGUUUUA